UUAUUAUUUCUAAUUUGCAACCCUGUGCAAACUGAACUCUGGGAAGUAAUCUGGAGCAGUAUUUUAGUGACAAAGACAACAUCAGUGGGACUUGACGUAAAUUCUUCCCUGUGAGGGUGGGCAGGCCCUGGCACAGGGUGCCCAGAGAAGCUGUGGCUGCCCCUGGAUCCCUGGAAGUGUUCAAGGCCAGGCUGGAUGGGGCUUGGAACAACCUGGGAUAAUGGGAGGUGUCCCUGCACAUGGCAGGGAAUGGAACUGGAUGGCGUUUAAGGUCUUUUCCAACCCAAACCAUUCCAUGAUUCUAUGACUUGAGCUCUUCAGUGGUUUGAGAAUGCCAGUUGUCACUGUCAUAUCCAGCAAAACCCAUGGCUGCAAUGGGACACCGAGCACCUGCGUGAGCUGGCCUGUCCCGCCAGGCAUCCUGUCAGUGUCACGCAUCUGUUGCUGCCUGAAGGACAAAAAGGUAUUUGAUGUUUCAUUAUUGUUCAGCACGUGGCUGGAGCGGGUGCACUGCUUGGAGAGGAAAUCCUUGUAUCAGUGCAGGCACUGCAGCAGCACCUGCACCAAAGGGAUGCCAGGGUUCCCCUGCUGUAGAGACACACAAGACAUCAAACAACCUUCUGCCCGGAGUCCCCUUACCACUGGUGACCCUCGAGAGGCUAAGGCUGACAUCUUUGACUUUCCCAUCCCUUCAAGAAACGUUGAUAAAGCCAUUAAACGAAAGAAGAAAAAGUCCAAAGUCUGGCACAAGGUCUGGAAAGUGAUUUCAAAAAUGCUUGAGGAAAAUGAAAGGCUCAGAAGUCGACUGUUGAUCUGCAGGCAGUUUGAUGGAGAAGGCUCUGACAGGAUCCAGAGGUCACAGAAUGGGGCAUACUUGGACAUGGAUGAGUCCAUCUUUGGCUGGGUGUAGCAAGGAAAUAAAAGAAGAUUCAGCCCUAAAGGAAAUACAAACAAAAUGAAAGCUGUUAUUUU